UACAACCUCUCGUGUAUAUAUAUACACAUCCAAGAUAUGUAUACAUCUUACACUACAUAUAAUCUUAUAUAUCUCUAUGUACAAUUUCUAAGCUACACAGCAAGAAAAAAACUAGAGAAAAUCAUAGCUACAAUCUCUCUUUCUUCUUCUACUUCUCUUUUUUACCAUGCAACAAGCACUUCCUUACAAAUCAUCAUGUUUACCUUUAACUUUAAAAGAUCCCAAAAUGAAUCAUAGUACCAGCAGCAGCAGCAGCAGUAGUACUUCUAUGUAUGUUAAAGGUUCAAAAGAGGAAUUGAAGAAUAUGGUUAAAGACAACGCUGUUAUAGUUGUUGGUCGACGAGGUUGUUGUAUGAGCCAUGUUGUCAAACGUUUGUUGCAGUGUUUAGGAGCCAAUCCUGCUAUUUAUGACAUUGAGGAACAAGAUGAAAAUGAGGUUAUUGCUGAGCUGGAGAAUAUUGUCGACGGCAGUGAUGAUCGGAAAGAGGGUGGUCGUUUGCAGUUUCCGGCGGUGUUUGUCGGAGGAGAAUUGUUUGGAGGGUUAGAUCGGAUUAUGGCAGCUCAUAUUACUGGCGAGUUGACUCCUGUAUUGAAACAAGCUGGAGCUUUGUGGCUUUGAUUUUCUUUCCUAUUUUGUUUUCUGCUACUAGUAAUUUCGACUAAUUGUUGAAGUUAAAUUCUUUUUUCUUUUUAUUUUUCCUUUUUGGCCGUUGCCAAAUAAAUCAAACUUGGCAGAUGUGGAAUGUUGAACGGAGUACAAAUUAAUUAUGGUAGCUUAAAUAGAGAGAUAAAUCCUCGGGAUCAAGCUAAGGCGUAGUUGUUGUUGUAUAAAUUAAUUACGGAUAAUUUCAAUUA